UUCUUCUUUGGUAUCUCAAACAAAUUCUCUUUAUUUCUCUGUAAAUAUGAUGUUAACAGCACAAGAUUAAGGCGCCAGUCUUUCACUCUCUAUUGUGAAAAGAAUAACAGGGAUGGGAAUACAAGGGCUUUUGCCUCUAUUGAAAUCGAUUAUGGUACCAAUCCAUAUCAAGGAGCUUGAAGGCUGUAGCGUAGCUAUUGACACCUAUUCUUGGCUCCACAAAGGAGCCUUGUCUUGCAGCACUCAGCUCUGUAAAGGAUUACCCACCUCCAGGCACAUUGAGUACUGUAUGCAUAGGGUAAAUUUGCUGCGACAUCAUGGUGUUAAACCAGUUCUUGUCUUUGAUGGAGGUCUUCUUCCAAUGAAGAUUGAGCAAGAGAACAAGCGUGCAAGGGCAAGGAAGGAAAAUCUUGCACGAGCAGUUGAACAUGAGUCAUGUGGGAAUUCUGCUGCUGCUUAUGAGUGCUACCAAAAAGCUGUUGACAUUUCACCUUCAAUUGCAAAUGAACUAAUCAUGGUCUUGAAGCGGGAGAAUGUUUGUUAUGUUGUGGCACCUUAUGAGGCAGAUGCACAAAUGACUUUCUUGGCCAUUAGCAAACAGGUUGAUGCAGUUAUCACCGAGGAUUCUGAUCUUAUACCCUUUGGCUGUCCUAGAGUUAUCUUUAAAAUGGAUAAGUUUGGGCAAGGUGUUGAGUUCAAGUCUUCCAUGCUACAGCAAAACAAGGAGCUAAGCUUUGCUGGAUUCACUAAACAGAUGCUGCUUGAGAUGUGUAUUCUAAGUGGUUGUGACUAUUUGCAGUCACUGCCAGGAAUGGGGCUCAGAAGGGCCCAUGCACUAAUGAAAAAAUUCAAAAGUUAUGACAAGGUGAUUAAGCACCUGAGGUACAGCACUGUUUCAGUUCCUCCUUUGUAUGAAGAAUCAUUCAAGAAAGCAAUAUUAACAUUUCAGUGCCAACGAGUCUAUGAUCCGAUCACAGAAGAUAUCGUGCAUUUAUCUGACAUAUCCGACAACAUUGGUGAUGAUUUGGACUUUUUAGGCCCGCCGAUACCCCAACAAAUAGCUCAAGGCAUAGCAAGAGGUGAUCUUGAUCCAUUUACUCAAAUGCCAUUUCAGGCUGUCAGGGAUGGUUCUCAGCUGGCACUUGAUAGAAAUUUACAGCUGAAAAGUUUUAAGCCCGAGAGUGAAAGAAAAAGGCUAUAUUUGCCUGUGCAAAAGAACCUCCUGACCAACUAUUUCUGCUUUGCAUCUGUUGAAGCAAGAAGAAACUUCAAGGCCCCUCGAGUAUCACCUAAGCAUUCAAGUCCGGUUGCUAAUUCUUCUAUCAGUCCUGAGUCUGACAAAGACAUUACUGUGGAAGAUGGUUCUUGCCAAAUUGAUACCCUGUUGUCAGCCUCUCCUGAAUUCAAGAAUACUAACAGCAUUGAAGAAAAUGGUUUCAUUACCAAGCUUCCUGAGUAUUCAGAAUCUCCAAAUCCUGAUAUAGAAGCCAAGGUGGAUACAAUGAGAAGCCCUGACCAUGUGUUGCCACUAGAAUCUGACCGGCCAACGAUCAGACCUCCUACAGCUUCAGACAAAGAGCAUGAUAAUAAUACUGUCCCAGAUGCAGCUAAAAGCAAAACAAUAACAGAUAGCAGAAAGAGCAUUGUAACAAGUCGUUACUUUCAGAAGAAGCAAGUCGACAUAAAUGAUCAGGAAGAUAAACAAGGAAAAAAUUGUUGCAAGGGUGGUAUUACCAAUCAGUUUCCUGAGACUGGCAAUCUUGAUGGUUAUGGGAAUACCUAUUUUAAGGGAAUGGCUUCAAAAAGGAAGAACUCCUUUGAAUAUGUUGAAACAGAAAAUGUGAAUCCCAAGCAAAUCUACACUAAUGCAUCCUGUGAUGGUAACGGUGAUUGUGGUCCUAAUCUCGAAACAUUUGUGGAGACAAAAACUGGAGAGGCAAAAUUUGGAUCCAACAUUUCACAUUUAGGCCAUUAUUCUGACGUAGCAGAGAAAUCCAUGGAAAGAUUUGUUUCAGUAAUAUCAUCAUUUAGAUUUUCAUCACCUGGUUCUCGUGCUAGUGGUCUUCGAGCCCCUUUGAAAGAUGCUCGGAACACAUGUAACAACAGGUCAUCUGCUGCUGUGGAUUUUAGCCAGUUUGCUUAUGUUCCAAAAACCAAGAAGGCCAAAUUAGCUUCGCCUAGAUUUUGAGUUUUGGUCAUAUUUUUAGCAGAAGUACCAAACUUUGCAAUGGCUAAGCGGUCAAAUCUUUGUUUUCCCAACAAUAGUUAAAAGACCGUUCAUCCGUAGAAAUUGGUACUCAUGAUUUUGGACUGCCGAGGACUUUAAACGAAUUACAGCCAGCAGAUUAUCGAGUUUUCAAGAUAAAAAGAUGUUAAUUUGUACCAUUCCCCCCCCCCCUCCCCCACCCCGCCAUUUUCAUUUAUAUAGAGCUACUGACUGAAGAAAUUGCCAACAACAUUGGUUUUGUAAUUGUUAUUUUUCAUUAAAACUGCAUUCUUGGCAAAUAUGAUAACAGUACAUUUUUCAUAUGUUGGUGACUAGUGCAAAGGGGCUGUAGAGCCAGACGUGAACUUCCAGUUUUGGUGGUUCUGUUCUAUUCAA